AUGCCUGGUCAGUACGAGAGGGUAAAUGACCGUGACGACGAGGACCCCGUCGACAGCUCCCCCGCCGAGCCCAAGGCUCAACAUGCCGUUCCCAGCUCGCCGCCUCCCUCGUUUCAUUCCAGAGCCUCGUCGCCCAAUCGCCGCGGAUCCGCCGUCGACCCUGCGCUUGCCGAUGCCUUUGACGCCGAUGACGCCAGCGACGACGAUGACGAGGCCGACGACAGGCAGAGACUAGUACGCCAACCCGUCUCGCCCCUCACCGCAUCGCCAGGUCACGAUGUCACACGUUUCCCACCGCCCGGAGAACACGCGGAUGCGCACGCUGCCUCGUCCGGCUCUCGCCCGAGACUCAUGGGAGGCGGAAUCGGCACCGAUGGCGUCUUUGCCAACCUAUCGGCGCGGCCGGAACGGAGGGGCUCUGAAAAAGAAGAACAACCACCGACGUACGAGCAAGCAGCCGCCGACGCCGCUCCGCCGUACUGGGAGACAACUAUCUUGGCGCCUGGCUUCGGCGGGCUAGACGAGGUCUACGUGGACGGCAUGCCCCUCGUUGGCUUCCUCCUUACAUAUCUCCUGCACUCGACACACGCCGCAAAAAACGGCUCCCGCGCCGGCCUCGGCAUCACGCUGAUCCAGUACGGCUUCUACAUGAAGGGCUCGACGGAAGGCGAACCUCCCGCCAUGAGCGGACCCGACGGCUACGCCGCGCCACCAGACCCCAACUCGCACGACUUUGACCCCGGCGAAGUGACGGAGGGCGGGAGUGGGAACUCGGUCAUUACGGGCGGUGAAUGGAUGUCGUACGUGCUCAUGGUUGUCGGCUGGUUCAUCCUGAUCAAGAGCGUGGCCGAGUACCUGAGGGCCCGUCGUCACGAGCAGCUGGUGAUGCAGAGCCCCGACCGCGGCCUGGGGGUACCGAUUAUUGCCGAGGGGGAAACUGUCGAGCAUGUGGUAUGA